AUGGCCUCGGCAAGCAGCUCAUCGGUAGCCAGUGGGGGUGCGGCUCAGCACAUCGACGUCGACGUCGAGGACGACGCUCGAGCCGGUAGCUCUUCCGAGGCGCUGGACGAGGACAUGGCUGGAGACGCUACGCCAGCAGCAGACGACGCCGAGACACCUCAGAGCACGCACACCACGGGGCUACAGGAUGGUUCGGACGCGGCAACGCCUUUCUACCAGAACAACAGCAACAAGAAGCAAAGCAGCAGCUCGAGACUAACGGACACUGCGCAUGAUGAGGACGACGACAUGAUGGAGCCUACUUUGCCCGGCGUCGAAGGAAGGUUCUUGGACGAGAAGAUCCGAGCGCGCUACAUCCAAGAGAUUGGCGAUAUCUUCGGAUGA